GUUCCUGAACCAAUCAAACCGUCUCAGUUGUCGGUGAGGCCGGCUGGGCGGAUCCUCAGUAUUGAAAGAGAAAAUAAAGUAACACAAUAAAAAAAAGGAAAUUACCUUGGCUAUUGCAUUUCUCUCGUGAAUAAGUUCCCCCCGUGGAUACAUAGAGCAUUAAGAUGCCCUCAGCAAUGAAUGGUAACAGGACAGUGCAGUCGGCCAGCCCAGAUGUGGGAUCUGCUCCUGGACAGAUCACCCUGGGCGGAGGGCAGUCCUCUGGGGCCCAGACCGAGGCAAUGAAGCAAGUCCUGGGCGUCGUCGACAAGAAAGUCCGGAACAUGGAGAAGAAAAAGGGCAAGCUGGACGAUUAUCAAUCUAAGAAGAAUAAAGGGGAACGUCUCAACCAGGACCAACUGGAUGCCCUGACCAAGUAUCAGGAAGUGACUAAUAACCUGGAGUUUGCCAGGGAGUUACAGAAGAGCUUCCUGUCACUGGGACAAGAUAUCCAGAAGGCGGUGAAGAAGGCAGCGAGACGGGAACAGCUCCAGAGAGAAGAGUCUGAGCAGAAGAGGCUGAAAACUGUCCUGGAGCUCCAGUUUCUCCUGGACAGACUUGGAGAGGACAGUGUGAGGCAGGAGCUGAGACGGGGAGCUACCGGUGUAGACACACCCUCACUCCUCACCGACACGGAGCUCGCUGCCCUGGACGAGCUCUAUAAACUAGUGAGACCAGAACCAGACCAAAACACCAGGUUUACUGACCAGUACGAGGAGGCUUCUCAACACCUCAUGGAUCUGUUGGAGGCGAAGGACAAAGCUGUGGCAGGAACUACGUACAAAGCUCUGAAGGACAGCCUGGACCGAGUGCUGCUAAGCGGGUGCUUUGACCAAGCCCAGUCUCACCAGAAUGGAGUGUGUGAGGAGACCGAGGAGAAGGCGGUCGCUCUAGUGGAGACGGCCGUCGCUCUAGUGGAGGAGACCGAGGAGCAGGCCGUCGACCCAGAGGGCGAAAUAGUUGAAGAGUACAUAGAGCCCAUUGAGGUGGAAGCUACAGAGUUCGUUAACAGACAAUUCAUUCUAGACACCACAUACAGCGACAAGGAGCAAGGAGAUGAGUGGACCACUGAAACAGAGGCGGCGAGUACCAUCCUGCAACAGCCUGUACAGUCGGCCCCUCCCCCUAUCACCACAGAGGCCCAACCCCUGAACGGGGCCACGCCCCCAGACACACCCCCUGCAGACCCGGUGGUCAGGAAGCAGGAGGUCCAGAACCUCUUGUCACAGAUGCAGGGGCCUUACAACUUCAUGCAGGACUCAAUGCUGGAGUUUGAUGGGCAGCCCAUCGACCCAGCCAUCGUAUCGGCCCAGCCCAUCGACCCAGCCAUCGUAUCGGCCCAGCCCAUCGACCCAGCCAUCGUAUCGGCCCAGCCCAUCGACCCAGCCAUCGUAUCGGCCCAGCCCAUCGACCCAGCCAUCGUAUCGGCCCAGCCCAUCGACCCAGCCAUCGUAUCGGCCCAGCCCAUCGACCCAGCCAUCGUAUCGGCCCAGCCCAUCGACCCAGCCAUCGUAUCGGCCCAGCCCAUCGACCCAGCCAUCGUAUCGGCCCAGCCCAUCGACCCAGCCAUCGUAUCGGCCCAGCCCAUCAACCCCGCCAUCGUAUCGGCCCAGCCCAUGAAGCCUCCAACACAGAACAUAGACCUGCCUCAGAUGGACUGUCCACCAGUCCACCCAGAUUCCUGCCUCUCACCACACACUGUUCCUGUACGGCCUGAGCCCACACAAGUCCCCGUGGUGCCCGCCACGCCUGAGGUCUACUCCACGCCGCCUCCCAUGUACCACUCAUCACACACGGUAGAAUCCCGACCACAGACGGACUCCGUCGACACCACCCAGGUGUCCCUGUCGUCAGAGCAGCCCCCCGCCUCCUCUCAGACCCAGCAGGUCUUCCAGCCUGUCAACGGCCCCAAACCCCCACACAGCUCUGGCAUCAAUGUCAACGCAGCACCAUUCCAGUGCAUGCAGACAGUAUUCAACCUCAACGCCCUUGUCCCGCCAGCCAAUGAGACGGAAGCCUUGACCCAGGCCAGCCAAUACCAGAACAGCUACAGCCAACAGGGUUUCAGCAGCCAAUCACAGCAGCUCCCUGUGGAGCAGACGGAGAUGCAGACGGAGCAGCUGCAGUCUGUGGUUGGUGACUUCCACUCCCAGGACUUAUCCCUGCCCAGCCAGGACUUAUCCCUGCCCAGCCAGGACUUAUCCCUGCCCAGCCAGGACUUGUCCCUGCCCAGCCAGGACCUAUCCCUGCCCAGCCAGGACCUAUCCCUGCCCAGCCAGGACUUGUCCCUGCCCAGCCAGGACUUGUCCCAGGGGCAGCAGCUCAGCCAGCAGGCUCCAGGGUUUGGCCCUGGGGCCAGUCGCCAGGCCCAGUCCUUCUACAACAGCAGAGGCAUGACCCGCGGAGGACCACGUAAUGCCCGUGGCCUGGCCAACGGAUACAGAGGUUAUGACAGUUACCGGCCUCCCUUCACCAACACUCCUAACUCUGGAUACCAACAGGCCCAGUUCAACACACCUCGGGACUACUCCAACGGUGGCAACUACCAACGGGGGGAAGGAUAUAAUCAGAACUACAAACGUGGAGUGGGUCAAGGACCCAAAGGUGUGUCUCGAGGAGGCAAUGCCCAGGCCAUGAAGUCCUGAUCGGGCCUGUUUGACUGACUCUGACUGCUGGUUCCAAUUCACUCCUUGUCCUUGUCCCCAACAUUUCAAUGUUUUCAGAUCUAAGGGACCACACACACACACACACACACACACACACACACACACACCGUACUGAAUGUUGAUCUGCUGUUUGUUCAGCGACCACCUGGACGUGACAUUUUGGUGCGAUUCUACGUGUAAAAUCUGUUUGCAGUCGGCACUCUGUUCAGAGGUGUUAAGACCUCUGGAAAAAGCUACUGGUCUGUCUGAGCCUUAAAACGUCUGGAGACGUAAAACAGGUGUAGUGGUAGACUGAGGUCUCUCUUUUUUUGUCCUGAGUGGGACAAGGAUGCAACAAUCGCAUGUGGAGUUUCCACCAUGUUGCGUCUUACAGAUCUGUAAAAAAAAUGUAAGGGUCCAAGGUGGUGGUGUGUAGGGGGGGGGGUGAAUUGGGACAGGUUUUGACUGAGCGACAACAUGCCAUGCCACACUUAUUCAAGAUAUCCAGAAUGCAGUUUGCCCCCACCUCACUUUUUAUUUGACCAUGUGGUGUUACUCAUCAGUUUUUUUUCUUCUGGCUUUUGGAUCAAAUUCAUGCCUGCUUUGACAUUUAAUUAAAAUAAAAUAAAAAAGAUUUGUUUAAAAAUGAGUCUGAAUAUACAAGCUGUAAAUCAGGGUUGAAGCAAACCUGUUUUGAAACAAAUAUUCCUGUAAACUUGAAAGAUUUCAUUGUUAUGAAAUACUCUGUCACUCCUGUGCUGAGUCCCCAGGAGUACUUUUCUGUUCUCUUGCCCCCUCCCCUUUUUCUUUAAUAAUGUGAUUUUGGGUUCUAAAAAAAGGCCUUUUUUAAAUUGUUUUUAAAAGAAUCUCUGUUUGUGAAUUGAUUGUUGCAUCAAAGUUUCAAUAAAGAUGAUGUUGCGUUGUC